AUGCAAGGUCUUAGGCAUAAAACCAUCAUCAUCAAGAGAUUCAGAGAACAAAUCUCCACCCAAAAUGGACCAUCAUUCGAGACGAAGAGAGUUGGUAAAGCUUUGGAUAAAAACAUCGAAAAAAAGGAAACAAAAGCGUCGACAUCCAAGACUGAAAAGGAGAAAAGUAAAUGCUCACCAAAUAAAGUGGUUGUUAGUCAGAGCGACAUUAAAAGUGAACCAUCGACUUCAAAAUGUGGUAAUUUGAUAAAUCAAACAAUAUCGAUACAGGUAUGGGUAGAGGAUAAGGAAGCGACCAGAGGACCUAUAUUUAUACGAAUUCCACGGGAAGCAACAAUGGGACAAUUGCGGCGGCAAGCGGAAACGACUCUUGGACUGGAUUCUCGAUUACAACGUUGGAUAGUUGGCCGAACUCUUUGUUUGGAUGUUAAUACUCCAUUAAUCUCUUUAGCUGGCUCGGAUCUUAGCGCACCGUUUUACUUAUGUUUAGUAGAGUCAGAAACAAAACAAGAAACUACUUGCAGUACUGAAGCAAAUGAACAAAAAUUAAAAGAAGACGACAUUGCAAAACUGACUAAUAAUAAUUCUGGAGAAGUAUAUAAUGAGUUAAUGAAACUAGAACAGCAAGCGAUUGUUCCCAAUAGCGAAGCUUUUGAAUGCGGAGUUUGUAUGGAUGUCUGUGAGCCAGGAAGAGGCGCUGUGCUCCGUGAUUGUAUCCACACAUUUUGCAGAGACUGUCUCUCGGACGUUGUGCGCCAUUGUGAGGAUCCAAUUGUGUCAUGCCCCGCAAUGGGAUGUCCUGGCGUGCUACAAGAACGUGAAAUACGCGUAUUAUUGACCCAUGAAGAAUAUGAGCGAUGGCUUGCACGUGGACUCGCUACCGCGGAAUGUGGUACGCGGAAUGCAUUCCAUUGUCGCACUCGCGACUGUACGGGCUGGGCUCUUUGUGAACCCGGAGUUAGAAAAUUUCCUUGCCCAGUAUGCAAAUGCAACAACUGUGUUCCUUGCCAGGCUAUUCACGAAGGCGAAACUUGUGAAGAAUACCAAGCCAAACUUCGUACCGCUGUGGCGUCAGCUCAGACAAAUGACACCGAUGAGGGCACACGGACUUUGCUGAAUUCUCUUAUACGCCGUGGUGAAGCUUUGGAGUGUCCGGAAUGUCACGCUAUUAUCACGAAAAAAUGGGGAUGCGAUUGGGUGAAAUGCUCAGCGUGUAAAACGGAAAUUUGCUGGGUGACACGCGGUCGCCGUUGGGGUCCAGGUGGUCGGGGCGAUACAUCGGCGGGUUGCAGAUGUGGUGUUGACGGCAAAAGAUGCCACCCCUCUUGCGGUUAUUGCCAC